CGAGAAUACCCGAGGCUUGGCACGGUGUGAACUCCGAGUAGACCUUGGCAUUGGCUCAUAUUGUGGCUCUCACUCGCAAUGCUGCAACUUUCUCAUGACAACUCUCAAUCAGUGCGCUGUGUGCACUUUCUACUAGCUGUAUAUAACAUUCUGCGUCAAUAUGACUCGUCAAUCCCCAUCGCUCUUCUACAAGGUCCUUGAGGAAAUCGGCCUCUUCUCUCUAUGGCAAGCACCCCGGGAUGCAAAGCUACUCAUCGCCCAGCGUUUCGUUCGACUAUUUGCGUAUGGUGGCUCGACUUUGAUUUUGGCUUCAUAUCUAUCUGCUCUGGAGAUUUCUGAUGACCGCAUUGGCCUGUUCAUGACCUUGACUCUCGUCGGGGACGUGGCUAUCAGCUUCCUCUUGACCCUCUUUGCUGACGCAUUGGGCCGCAGAGCUGUUCUGACUCUCGGUUCGGCCUUGAUGGUUGGCAGUGGGAUUAUUUUUGCACUUUUUGGGAAUUACUGGCUCCUCCUUGCGGCUGCUGUUUUUGGUGUUAUUAGUCCAAGUGGCAAUGAGGUUGGUCCUUUCAAAGCAGUUGAGGAGUCCACUCUCGCCCAUCUCACUCCAAAUGAGCUACUACGCGAUAUUCUGCUAUGGUACUCUCUCAUUGGAACGGCAGGAACAGCUCUCGGGGUAAUGAUAUGCGGUUGGGCUAUAAACCUGCUGCAGGCCGAGAGAGGCUGGGCCUAUAUCCCAGCCUGUCGCACGGUAUUUCUCGUGUAUUCCGCCAUCGGGGCUAUCAAGUUCAUUCUUUCUGUGGCAUUGAGUCGCAAAGUGGAGGCGGAGGCCAAGGAGUCGAAACCGAAGCAGCAGCAACCCAACGAGGCUAACGAAACCCAACCUCUCCUUGAGGGGAGAACGACGGAAUCCGAACAACAGACUCAACAACAGCCCGAAAGGAAAUGGUUCCUCUCUUUUCUCGGCGACGGAGAUCUCGUCUCCUUGGUGAUUCGCCUUUUCAUCCUCUUCGGUCUCGACUCGUUCGCUUCAGGUCUUGCUUCUCUAUCAUGGAUGACGUAUUUCUUCAAGCGGAAGUUCUCGCUACCUGAGGGCAAACUUGGCUCCAUCUUCUUCACAACAAGCAUCAUCGCCGCCGGCUCAAUGCUAAUCGCCUCUUCUAUCGCAAAGCGCAUUGGUAACGUUCGAACAAUGGUGUUCACGCACCUCCCAUCAGCAAUCUUUCUAGCAUUGAUUCCCAUCCCCUCGCUCCUCCCGCUCGCAUUAACUUUCCUCAUCCUCCGCGCCUGCUCCCAGAACAUGGACGUUGCGCCGCGUUCUGCAUUCUUGGCUGCAGCACUUCCGAGUGAUAAGCGCACGGCGAUCAUGGGAUCUAUUAAUGUUGUGAAAACCUCGGCGCAGAGUAUGGGGCCGUUAAUUACGGGUGUUCUUGCUGACAGGGGGUGCUUUGGCGCGAGUUUCACCCUUGCAGGAAUUUUGAAGUGCGUUUACGAUAUUGGGAUUUUGAUUAGUUUUGUGGGAUUGGAGAAAGGGAGGGAAAGGGAGAGGGAACGGGAGAGAGUUAGUCAAGGAGGGAGUGAGGAGCAAGUCUGAUUGCUUUAUAGGCCCAGGCAAUACCAUCGGUGCUAUAUAUAUAUACAUAUAUAGCAUGGCGACAACGGGGUUAUCGUCCCAUUUACUCACAUCCCUGUGUCCCCCGUGCUUCAAAAAGGAAAUGUUUCUAUUGAACAUCAAAGUAAAUGUAUUUACUCUAUAUAACAGGGUAUAACUAAAAUCCAUUCCAUGAGGAUCUACUCCAUAAUCUC